UCCAUGACAGAAGCCAAUCUUUCUCCAUAAAUUGUCGCCAAAUGCCACUUUAGUCUUAUGAUUGAGUUUGAAAGGGAGAGUCCAUGGCUCAGAGGACCGUCUUGAAGGUUGAUAUUUGGUGCCCAAAAUGCCAGAAGAAGCUCCUCCAAGCAGUCUCUGGAUUAGAAGGUGUGAAUACAAUUGACAUUGACGCAACCAAAGGUUUAUUGACAGUAACCGGUGAGGCAGACCCUUAUGAAAUUAUAGUUCGUGCUAGGAAGGCUUGCAAACACGCUGAAGUGGUGACUAUUGGGCCUCCACCUGCUCCCCCAAAGAAGCCCGAAAAAGAGAAGCCCGAUAAAAAGGUCCCCCCGUCUGACAACUGCCGUAUGUGUCAGCGUUUUGCUGUCAUCCAUUUGGACCAGUGGGACGAGCCCAACGUUACAUGCUCUAUCCUGUAACUCCACCCCAUGCCCAUUCAUGAGCAUUUUAUUUUGCAAUUUGUAAAUUUUGUGUGAAAUUUAAUGAUUGAAGUGUAACUCCGUGUUGUACAAAACAAA